AUGCUGUCCAACGAAACAGAAGGGCACUGGGAUAUCGUAAUAGCAUCGUUGCAGGAUAUAUGCCAUACAAACGAAUCAGUUCCAUUUGAUUCUGAUUACGAUAAAUAUACGAGAAAGGCAUUGAAAGAGUUAUCAGAAGAGGAAUUGGAUAAACUCACGAAUGAAAUACGAGAUCAUAAGGCCAAUAUAACUACAGGAAAGAACCUAGUUGAAACCACUCAGAAAAACCUACAAAGAUUAAUAAGCCAUUUACAAGCCCAAGCAUCGACAUCUCCACCUUCGAAAUCCGCAACAAGCAGCAAAUACAACGGCAAGAGCAACCCAAAGAGGAACUCAAAAGGAAGAGCAUAUUAUACUUCAAAGUACAAUCCCACAGAGCCUAUAGAAGUGGGGUCUGAAGUUGCAUAUAAAUUGAAGAAUAGACAUUUCGAAGAAUGGAUACAGUGUGAGGUCAUGAAAGUCAUUGGAGAUGGGUUGAAAUUUGAAAUAAGGGACCCCGAGCCUGACGAGAAUAACAACCCAGGUCAAACAUUUAAGGCAAACUAUAAAGAAAUACUUCUCAUUCCCCCAGUUCUGACCGAAUUAGUGAACUAUCCUUUUGGCACAAAAGUAUUGGCUAGAUAUCCUGAGACUACAACAUUUUAUCCAGCUGUUGUAAUGGGCUCAAAAAAAGACGGUACAGUUAGGCUCAAGUUUGAUGGAGAAGAAGAAGUCAACAAGGAAACUGAAGUUGAACGUAGACUCGUUCUACCAUUUCCUGAUAAGUCGCUGUAA